AUGAGUUCUCUAUCGUCCUAUCCAAUAGCUUCAUCUCUCCAUACGAUGAACAAUAAUAAUAAUAAUAAUAAUCAUCAUCAUCAUUAUGGAACUGACGGACUAAAUAUAAAUUAUACUCAAAGAACACAUCAAUUAUCUGAAAACAGUAUUAAUAUGAGAAACGAAUCUUCUUCGAGUUCAUCAUGUCUUCUACAAUCACCAAUUGUUGAUUAUUAUGGUCAACAUUCAUAUAAUCAAACACAAAAUCGUACACUACAACAUUAUACUCAUCAAAAUCAUCAUAUUUAUCAAGAUAAUACAAAUCAUUUAUAUAGAUAUAAUCUUAUUCCAUCAUCAUCAUCAUCAUCAAACAUUCUACCAAGUUCUUGUGUAUAUCCUUGUUCAAAUAGUUCAAAUAUAAAUUAUAAUCACCAAAAUGUUGUUUUAUCAUGUUCAAAUAGUGUUCAACAAUCAGAUAUGAUUAAUUCAAUAAAUCCAAUGACAAUUGAUCUAUAUGGUUUAUCAAUGAGUCCUCCUCAAGGUUCAUCAUCAAUUCUAGGAAAUGGUUCAUCAUCAUCUCCUCGACCAUCUUCAACUGAUCAUAUAACAACAACAACAACAACAACAAAUUCUAAUGAUAUUAUUCCAUUAUCAACAUCAAUUGAUUCAAUAUCAUCAUCAUCAUCAUCAAUAUCAAAACAACAAACUCCUCCUGUUAUUUAUCCAUGGAUGCGAAAAGUCCAUAUCAACAAUCCAGUUAUUAAUUAUACAAAUGGAGAAACAAAACGAGCUCGUACAGCUUAUACUCGUCAUCAAGUAUUAGAAUUAGAAAAAGAAUUUCAUUUUUCGAAAUAUUUAACUCGUCGACGACGAAUUGAAAUAGCUCAUGGACUUGUUUUAACUGAAAGACAAAUCAAAAUUUGGUUUCAAAAUCGAAGAAUGAAAUGGAAAAAAGAUCAUAAAUUACCAAAUACAAAAUCUAAAUUACCUGAUCAAUUACCAGCAGCAUCAACAUCAUCAGAUUCUUCAUCACCUAAUAUAAUAAAAAAAGAAGAACAAGAAGAUGAUUUAGAUUCAAUUCGAAUGUCAACUUUUAUAAAAGAAGAAUCAUUCGAGAAUGAUGAUUCUUCGAAUUAA